GGGCGGGGCUCCGGGGCCGUCUCGCAGGCUGCGGCGGCCGCGGGAGAGGCGUCCACAGCGGCGGCGGCUGGGGCAGCGGCGGACGCGCGGCCAAGCAGGGCGGCGGCGAGCCCGGGUCCUUUUGUGGCACAUCUGGCCUCUCAGCCACAGCCAAGAGCAGAUUGUCACUCACGUAAGGACAGAGAAGCCACGGGACUCCAGCGGACACGGCCCUGACUUGGGAGCCAGACUUGCCGCGGCCAUCUUGUUCAGUGGGUUUGUCCCAUCAGCCUGGAUCGGUGAGCCUGAAUCACAAGACACAGUGCUGGCAAACCCGUAUUCCCUGAGUGGCCUGCUGUGGAUUCAAGCAUAAAGUCCUAGCUCCUGUCCUGGAGGUGCUCACCUUCUAGGAAGAGAGGCAGACAGGUUUGCUGGGAUGGGAAACCUGCUCAAAGUCCUUACCAGAGAAAUUGAAAACUAUCCACAUUUUUUCCUGGAUUUUGAAAAUGCCCAGCCCACGGAAGGAGAGAGGGAAAUAUGGAACCAGAUCAGCGCCGUCCUCCAGGAUUCUGAGAGCAUCCUCGCAGACCUGCAAGCUUACAAGGGCGCGGGGCCAGAGAUCCGAGACGCGAUUCAAAAUCCCAACGACAUCCAGCUUCAAGAAAAAGCUUGGAAUGCAGUGUGUCCUCUGGUUGUGAGGCUAAAGAGAUUUUAUGAAUUUUCCAUAAGGCUAGAAAAAGCUCUUCAGAGUUUAUUAGAAUCUCUGACCUGUCCGCCCUACACACCGACCCAACACCUGGAGAGGGAGCAGGCCCUGGCGAAGGAGUUUGCGGAAAUUCUUCAUUUUACCCUUCGAUUUGAUGAGCUCAAGAUGAGGAACCCAGCCAUUCAGAAUGACUUCAGCUACUACAGAAGGACGAUAAGUCGCAACCGCAUCAACAACAUGCAUCUAGACAUUGAGAAUGAAGUCAAUAAUGAGAUGGCCAAUCGAAUGUCCCUCUUCUACGCAGAAGCCACGCCAAUGCUGAAAACCCUCAGCAACGCCACCAUGCACUUUGUCUCCGAAAACAAAACCCUGCCAAUAGAGAACACCACAGACUGCCUCAGUACGAUGACAAGUGUUUGUAAAGUCAUGCUGGAAACACCGGAGUACAGGAGUAGGUUUACAAGCGAAGAAACGCUGAUGUUCUGCAUGAGGGUGAUGGUGGGAGUAAUCAUCCUCUAUGACCACGUCCAUCCCGUGGGAGCUUUCUGCAAGACAUCCAAGAUCGAUAUGAAAGGCUGCAUAAAGGUUUUGAAGGAACAGGCCCCGGACAGUGUGGAGGGGCUGCUGAAUGCCCUCAGGUUCACUACAAAGCACUUGAAUGAUGAAUCGACUUCCAAACAGAUUCGAGCAAUGCUUCAGUAGAGCUCUGCUCAAAGAAGAGGAUCUAUGUACUGACCUCAGAAGAUGUAUAUGUUUACAUAAUUUAAUACAGAUUGAUGUUAAUACUUGUGUAUUUACAUAACCGUUUCCUCCUUGUCACUGAAAUACACGGACCUUAAUUUGUAUCCUGACUGACUCGACCCAGCAGAGCAUAAAUUUACUUGAGAGCCUUACCUUUGAUGUCUAAAACAAAACCCCCUUCUCCAAAGUCAAAAUUUGGAGAUUUCGAUCUUUACUACUGGAGUCCUUUAACUACACCUGUAACAAUCUGAAAUUCCUAAUAGUUUGUGGUAGUGUUUUAAAUCUAGAUGUGUAAUCUCUCUGGGAAGUAUACUUAUAGAAACACGAAGUAUUUGAUUUCCUGUGUCAGCUUGGCUACAAGAAACACAACUGUUAUCCUGACAGAGGGAGAGAGGAAUCUGAGAAAAGAAAAAUGCAUGUGAAGACACAGAUUCAAGUGUUUCGAAUUCAGCACGCCCCCUCUCUCUCCUCAGACUGCAGACCACAUGUGCAGCUUUUUUGUUUGCACGUAUUUAUUCUGGAUUUAUAUUCCUCUAACGUUCCCUUUUGAUCCUUCAAGAGGAAAAUCACCUGUGCUUGAAUCAGUUUGUGAGAGAGAAGUGAGAAUAGACAGAUGUGCUGUCAUAGCUGAGCUGUGAAAGUGGUUGUCUGGGAAGUGGGGGACGGGUUGGGAGGAAGGACACACAGGCAACAGGACAGUCACCUCUCCGCUUCAACCCUUUGGCUGUGAAACUGUAGUAAUUUUGAUGACAUUCCAGUUGUCUGUGGGGUGCUGGGUACACAGUCCCUCCUAAAAUGAGCCCUGUCCUCUGGGGACCAUCCAUAUGGCAACAGAGGCCUAGGGUACUUCAUUGAUUACCAGGAAACUGGGGAAUUCAGAGAGGGGAAUCCCUGCAUUUUCCAGUUCCCUAAUAUUUAAAAGGCAGCUCCUCCCUGACCACACUGCUGGCUGGUUGGAAUGUUUAAACCUUUGGUCUGAGUAUCUGGGUUGAGUCCUAGCCUUACUGAUCCAUGGUGUGAGCUUUGAAAAUACACUUAAGCUCUGUGUCUCACUUUUCUCAUCUAUGAAAUGGGCAAUUAAAACAAUCUCCAAGAGCCCUACAAGGCAAUGAGCCAAUAAAAUGGCUGACUCUUACAUGCUUCCUUAGUAAACAGAGGCCAGGAAGCAUCACCCCAUCUUGUCUUGAUGAUUGAAUACAUUUGAAUAUAUGGCAAGGCCUAGAGUCAUCCUUUCUGCAGAUCAGAGCUUGGAAUGGAAUCUUAGAAAUCUCCCGUCUCAACCUCCGGUACAGAAAUGAGACAAGGCUGAAGUCAAAGAGGAUCAACUCCAUGUAGGACUAGAACCCAGGAUACCUCACUCCUGAAUCUUCCCCUGUUCACCAUGUGGCCUAUGCAUACAUACUAUAAGAUGAGACUGGACACUUUUAAAUCAGCCUUAAGUCUGGUUUAUAUUAUUAUUUGCCUAUUUCUGAUAGAAGGAGAGAGUUGCCCAGUGAUUGAUAAUCCCAGAAAUUGGGCCUGGGUACAUCAGGGUUUCAUUCACCAUGUUCCAAGGAGUAACUUGUAGACACAAUUGAUUUCCAGACUUUAGUGUCCAGAUGGCAUUCUCUUGAGUCUUCCAAAAAAAAAAAGGGAAACAUACUUUUUUUAAAUUUUAUUUUAUUUUUAACAAUAACAACAAACCCAGUCAAGCGGCAGAAAAGAUUCUCUGGUUUAUAUCUACAUAUCAGUCAACAGAGAGAGAAAAGACCUUUUUCCUUGGAGCUUUUCAAGCUGAACAAGUACAGCUGCCUAGAUGGGGGGAUUCUCUCAUCAGAACAGAAAUGCACUUAGAUGGCCUUCACGACCUUUUCAAGCCUAGGGAUUUUAAUACCUUAGAGGAAGCCAGAAAAUGGGGUAACAAUGGAUGAACAAAUUCAUUGAUUAUUCAGCUUAAGAAAUCUUCUAUUUGGCAGCCACGUGUUAUCUUUGGGCAACAACUGUCAAGAAUUAUAGAGGCGCUCAAUGUUUAUCAUCAUGGAGUCCAUUUUUUUUCCUUUAUCGGGUGAGGAGCUUAAGUCUUGGAGAGAGGAAAGGACUUGCAGAGUAAAUAGUUGAGCAUAUUUAUAAUUUUUAAUUAGACUUUUUAUCAAGUGGGACCAAACAUAUGGGAGGGGCUGCUGGCCUGCCCCAGUUUAGCCAGGCUGCCUUGUUUCAAAGCUAAGAUUCACCCGUACAUGGAUUCUCAAAAGUCCAGGGCCUGAACUAUUGCCUAUGAUUAUCAGGAGGACAAGUUAAUUGAAUGUCUGUGAUCACUAAGAGGUGAUGGAUCUCCGGUCCACUCCAGAGCUACUGUGGGAGACAAAUUCUUUUAACAGACUGUCCUCCAGGCAUUAGGAGUCCUUAAACAAUCAUGAUUUUUUUUUGUGUGCUGCAUGCACAUGUGUUCAAGAUCCAUGGGGUGGUUUAGGGGAAAGUGCUAGCCACAGUAUCCAUGUCAAUGUUCAUUCUAUUUCAUAUUUGAUGUUUCAUAGUUUUCAAGUAAACAGUGUUUGCCAUUACUCAGAUAUUUAUUUUUGGGCAGGCAACAGGUGAAAAUUACAUUUCUCGGAUGCACUGCUGCUUUGGCAUCAUAACUAUGUUCGCAGAAAUUUUUCAUCCAUCACUAACAACUACUAAUAGAAAGCAAGUGGCAGUGAGUGUUUUGAAUUGUGGUAGCCCAUUAGGGCUGCAGUAUUGAUUAACAACCAGAAAGAAAGUCUUGGAUACUAUCUCUUAACUGUUAGUUAAUAUCAUGCUUCAUCAUUUGCUUCUACUCAUCAUCAUUAUAUCAAGACAUUAAUGGUAAACUGAGGUUUUUAUACAUCAUCACAUUUAGGUUAAAAAAAAAAAUAUCAUGCUUCCUCAAAAGAAAAAAGAAGCCUACCCAAUCUUGGAAUCCAACUGUGCAGCAGAAUUCAGAGAAUUCAUAUUCAAUCUUGUACCCAAACAGCAACAAACUUUUUAAAAAAAUAUUAACGAUAAAGAGUGGAAUUUUAUCCUAAAGAGACAAAAAUUUUGGAACCCAAUUUCCCCAUUACAUCUAUCAAGGCUGUUGCAUACACAAAGCUGUUUUAAAAUUGUCAUAUGUUGUUUGCUAAAGUCAUUGUGAUUUUUUUUCGCCUGCUUUGCCUCUUUUUGUACAGAAGUUUUGAGUGUGAAAUGAAAAUUAAAGUUUGGUACAUAUAUUUAAAAAUAUA